CCCAAAUUGUACAAGACAUUUUCUCGUUAUUAUAGCUGUAUAGCAUUUUUGACUGACUACUGAAAACUCAGUUUGGAACCAGGCUACAUAAUUAUAUAGCUAAGAUCACUGAAAAGGCAAGUUUCACAUUGUUAAGAAUGUUAGGUAAGGCCUGUCGUUUCAAGGCUCCUUCAGGAUAAACCAUCUUUCUGUGGCAUUCCACCUUGUACAACGACUUUUGUUUGCCUUUGCAAUAAAAGUUCUUCAAAUUACAAUAACAGUUCUAAUUACAAUCAGUCUUGAUUGUUGGGAUAGUAAAUCUUGAAAAACAAAUAGGACAAUAGAAUUCUGAGAGGGACAAGGUGUGACACAAUAAUAGAAGUAAAAAGAGGGUAAUCUUUAAUAGCACUUAAAGGUAUGGUAAGCAUUUUGGGAGCAGGACCUUUAGAGAGCGCUAAGGCUCACCAUCGUGCAGUUCAGUUCCAGUUAUCCAAGUAUUACUUUAACAGAUUUCUCUUUCAGCUCUACUGAAGUAAAACUAAAUAGAAACUGAGGAAUAUAAUAUCUUAAGAGUCCGGAGUCUUUGACGUUUUAAUUGCCAGAGCAUCGGUGCCCUCUUUAUUUUUUCUCGUUCCAUUCAAAAACGACAACAUUUUGAUUGUAGCACAUUCAUAUUUACUAUGGUAUUCAAGAUCGAAAGAAAAUAACGUCCUAGGAAGUUCCCCGCCGCUGGUAGGUAACCCGGAAGUACUCGCGCUGGGCGGGAUGAGCGGAAAAUCAAGAUGGCGAAGAACGAAGACUUUCGGAAGUCCAUCUUGUGAACCAGACUUUUUCCUGUUCAGCGGUGAAAUAUCUGCAAGGCAAAACUUGAGAACCAAUAUGAAUCUCCAGCAGCCAGGACCCAUCAUCCCGCCCGUCCAUCCUGAUGUACAGAUGAAGCCACUGCCCUUCUAUGAUAUGCUGGACGUCCUGAUCAAGCCUUCCAGCUUAGGAGCAAGCACUGCACAGAGGUACCACCAAGAGAAAUAUUUUAUCUUUGCUCUGACACCACAGCAAGUUCGAGAAGUAUGCAUAUCCAGGGACUUUUUACCAGGUGGCAGAAGAGAUUAUAUGGUACAAAUUCAGCUGAGGUUUUGCUUGUCAGAAACAAGUUGUCCUCAAGAGGAUAAUUACCCAAACAGUCUGUGUAUAAAGGUUAAUGGAAAGCUUUUUCCUCUGCCAGGUUAUGCACCUCCUCCAAAAAAUGGCGUUGAACAGAAGAGACCAGGUAGACCUCUGAACAUCACAUCGCUUGUCCGACUUUCGUCUGCUGUACCCAAUCAGAUUUCGGUCACAUGGGCUCCUGAAAUUGGAAAGACCUAUUCCAUGUCUGUGUACCUGGUGAGACAGCUGACAUCGCCGCUGCUGCUGCAGAGGCUGAGGAUGAAGGGCAUCAGAAACCCAGAUCACUCCAGAGCCCUAAUUAAAGAGAAGUUGACGGCAGAUCCAGACAGUGAGAUUGCUACAACCAGCCUCCGGGUCUCACUGAUGUGUCCAUUGGGAAAGAUGAGGCUGACGGUGCCAUGCAGAGCAGUGACCUGCUCUCACCUGCAGUGUUUUGAUGCCGCGCUCUACCUUCAGAUGAAUGAGAAGAAACCCACCUGGAUCUGUCCUGUGUGUGACAAGAAGGCCACUUAUGAGAGCCUCAUCAUUGACGGUUUAUUCCUGGAAAUCCUGAGCGACUGCUCAGAUGUGGAUGAGAUCAAGUUUCAGGAAAAUGGAACAUGGUGUCCCAUGAGACCAAAAAAAGAGUCGGUCAAGGUCCACUCCCAGUCACUUCCAAAAAUUGAGGCUCCAGUGCGACAAACAUCCGUGGCCUCUCCUACUGAACCCACCUCCACCAAGAAGGCCGAUGUGAUCGAUCUCACGCUAGAAAGCUCCUCCUCUUCCUCUGAUGAAGAGGACACAGCUCCCCCUCUGAAGAAACGCUGCGUAUACCUUUCCAAGAAUGAGCAAGUCCAUACAAAAGGAGUGUUAGCGUUCCAGCCCACUGUGCACAUGCCUAAUGUCCAGCCUUUGGACCCGACCUAUCUGACUUCUCCCUUAACUGACUAUGCAGUUCCCUUUCAUCAGUCCCCACUGUCCAGCAUCCCAGCAGAGAUGCAGGGUCUGGAUUUGUUUUCCUUAAUACAAGCAGAUCCUCAGCAUUACCAUCCUCAAAUGUUUCUUGACAACUUGGCCAGCAGCAAGCAGAGCACAGCUGUUGCCAGCACAAGUGCCGCCCUGGUGUCUUCCGGCAGUCAUUAUGAACCCAGUGUCCACGCUGCCGGCUCCCUCCAUGAAACCCGGGUCAUCACAGGAGGAGGCGGAGCUAGAGGCGGGACUGACAUCAUUUCAGACAUUAUUUCACUUGACUGAGCGGCAGCUCACUUCAUAGACAGUAGAUCAUAAAUGGACGUAGCUUUCCUGUCUCUUGACAAACCCCCAUGUGAAUAAUUUAGGCUGAAGUUUUCCUAUUAGAUAACUGAAAUUAGAGAGUGGAACCAUAAACUCCAGUGGAUAAAGGUGACGGACACUUUUUCUUAAAGACUUUUGUUCUCAUAUUGUCUCCUACUGCCACUUGGUCUUCACUAUGUUUUGAUUGACAGGAAGGCUACAUCUAUAUGUUAUAUACAGUCUAUUGUCCCAGUGGACCUUCUUGGGCCUGUUUUAUGGCCUUUUUGAUAUUCUGGACUACACAUGUAAAGGUUGGCUGUGUCACAUGCCAAGUUUCUCACAGAACCUUCCAAAUUGGUAUAAAUGUGCACAUUUAUGGAGUCCUAGUGUUUUUGCGAGUUGAUUUGAUGGAGGCACGGGGUGUGCCGACAGUUGUUUUCAUAAAGCCAACUCCUACACUCAGCCCAUUAGAAGUUCAGUAGUUUUAGAUGGGGAGAACUUCAGUUUUCAAAGAUGAUUUAUACCAAUUAGUGUGCUCAUGUGAACAUGUGACUUGCGUGUUGUCUGGUUGGUGUGAACGCAAAAAUACUGUGUGAAAGAAGAGAAAGAGCUUUGACCCAAAUCAGGUCUUUGCUACAGUGGCUUGAAAAAGUAUUCAUACCCCUUGAACUUUCCCACAUUCUGUCACGUUCCGACCACAAACAUAAAUACAUUUUAUUGGCAUUUUAGAUAAAAGAUCAACAUAAAGCGACACACAAUUGUG